UAAUCCCCCUGGCAGCCAAACCUGGGCCAAGAAACGAACCAGAGGGAACCGGAGUUAGAGGGACUUGGCGGUUCUUCCAGAACGGAGCAAAAGAACCGCAGAGGCGAAAUCCGCCCCGCCGGGACAGAGCCAGAAUCGAGAGACCGCGUUUUGAAUCACGCGCUCUCGUCGCGCGGUGAAAGCUGGUCGGACGCGGCUGGUCCAAUUCGUAGCGCGCAAAGGUCGGGCAGGACCAAAGAGAUCACGUGUGGGAAGCUUUGAGGAAAGGAAAAACAUCCGCGGUUCCCGAGUUGGGUCGGGUUUUGAGGAUCUGUAGGCUCGCUUUUAAACUCGGCUCGCCACUACCCCUUCUUCAGAAGCGGCUGGCGGGGAGUUCGAGCCUUACGGUUGUUGCUCUGAAGAUUGUCAAGAUGUUGCUGACGGAAAGUAUUAUUCUAAUAUUGUCGCUGGGGACUCUAAAUUCGGCUUUUUCAAUAAAGGAACCUAAAGAAGCGAAACAGGCGUGGGGGUAUGUUCCUGUCAGAAGCAAUGCAAGCAUGUUCUGGUGGUUAUACUAUGCAGACAGUCCCACUCAGAAUUUCACACAACUUCCUCUUAUCUUAUGGCUGCAGGGAGGCCCAGGAGCUUCAGGUUGCGGAUAUGGAAAUUUUGAAGAGAUUGGUCCCUUAGAUUCUGAUCUAAAACCAAGAAAGACAACUUGGCUGCAGGCAGCAAGUCUUCUCUUUGUUGACAAUCCUGUUGGCACCGGAUACAGUUAUGUUAAUGACACCCUUGCCUACGCCACUGAUCUCAGCAUGGUCGCUUCGGAUAUGAUGGUGGUUCUCCGAGAGUUCUUUAAAUCAAAGGCGGAAUUCCAGACAAUCCCCUUCUACAUCUUUUCUGAAUCUUAUGGAGGAAAAAUGGCAGCUGCCAUUGCUCUGGAAGUUCAUAAGGCUAUUCAAGCUGGAACAAUCAAGUGCAAUUUUCGUGGAGUAGCCCUUGGUGAUUCAUGGAUUUCUCCUCUAGAUUCUGUGCUUGCUUGGGGGCCUUACCUGUAUAGCACUUCUUUCCUAGAUGAUCAAGGCUUGAAGGAAGUCACUACAGCUGCCAAGAAGAUCCUGAAUGCAAUAAAUACAGGGGCAUUUAAGUUUGCUACACUGCUUUGGGAUAAAGCAGAGGAUAUCAUAGAAAAGAACACAAAUGGUGUGAACUUCUAUAACAUUCUAACCCAUGACUCUACAAAGGACACCGCUCUUUCAUCUGCUGCCACUGAAACCAUCCCAUUUUUAAAAUUGUUCCAGCGUCAUGUGAAAAAUCAAAUUAAAGACAAGCUGAAUGACCUGAUGAAUGGGCCCAUCCGAAAGAAGCUGAAAAUAAUUCCAGACUACGUUAAAUGGGGAGGGCAAUCAGCUGGUGUAUUUAUGAAUAUGGCUGAAGACUUUAUGAAAAAUGCAAUUGAUAUUGUAGACAGCUUGCUCGAGGCCAACGUGAACGUAACUGUAUACAAUGGGCAGCUAGAUCUCAUUGUUCCUACAAUAGGGCAAGAAGCUUGGCUCCGGAAGCUAAAAUGGCCCAAACUGAAAGAAUUCAAUGCACUGAAGUGGCAACCUUUGUACACCUGCCCAGAAUGCACAGAGACGGCUGCUUUUUAUAAAUCUUACUGUAAUCUGAGCUUCUUCUGGAUCCUCAAGGCUGGCCACAUGGUCCCGGCUGACCAAGGUGACAUGGCAUUGAAGAUGCUUAGGAUGGUCACCCAACAAAAGCAAUGACUAAAUUAGAGCCAGCUGGCUUGGCUCCUGUUUGGAAUCUUUUUGUGGCACCUCAAAAGCUGAAGGAAUAAUUAUACCAUUGUGUUUUGAUUUUCUCAGGUAUUAUGUAAGGCACUUGAAGGAGACAAAGAUGGAAAUAAUUCACUUUCUUCCUGUGGUAACUUUUUUUGUAAAAUGUGAAGAUCUCUUGAUCCACUUCUGGUUAGCAUAAUCCUUAAAUGCUGGAAACAGAAGGUGUGAGUAAAUCAGGGAUUUGUAGGCUAUGUGUGGCCUCUAUGUUGUAGCCUUGGAAGAUCCUCUUUUUGUCCUGCAACAUCUGGCAAAGUUGGUGAGAUAUCAGCAAUAUCCUUUUGGGAUAGGUUUUGCCAAAAGGUAGUAGAGAUGGACCGAUCAAAUUCCCAGAGUCAAAAUGCAUCAAUUUGCAACUUCUAAACACUCCCAAAUAGCCCAAAAAUGUCCCCCAUCCAGGCUGAACCCCAUUCUCCUGCAGAGAUCAUUGUCCUAGCCUCCAAAUAGUCUGGGGUAGCUCCCAGGACAAGAGUGGUUUCCCACUCUUGAAGUAAUGUUUUCUCAAUGGCAACGUUUCCUUUGGAUUGAUUUUUGUCCUGGGCAUGGGAAGCCAGAGUAUUUUUCAGCUCAAGCACUUUUGUACCUGCUCAGGCAAUACACUUCCCAGUGGUUGCCCCAGACCUCAUGCCCAAAGCCAUCACCCUUUUUUCUAUCAGCCUUUGCAGCUUGAUUGAAAACAAGGUUGCAUUCAGGUCUUAUUUAAAUGAGAUUUGCUUCCAGGAAAGUAUAUUCAGGAUUGACAGGCAUAAGUCCGUCAGCAUACAAGGCCUCAUUUCUAAAGUAGAAGCAGUUGUUUUUCUUGGCGUCCAGUGAGGAGGAAAUAUAGGAAUAACAGCAACCUGGAGCAAAGGUUAGGUCCAAAUAUGGACCUAACAUGAUCCUCUCUGUUCUUUUUUGACAAGCAUACAUUCUAUGAUUUAGGGGGACAUAAUUACCUUAAUUACCUUUUAAGUGACUUGCCAGUUUGGGAUAGCUAGUUCUGUUGUUCAGAAAUCCAACGCAGGUGUUUUGUUUUGUAUUUCUUUCUUUUGACUCAUGAUUUAAGUUCUCUGUUCAAGCGAUAUAACCAACUGAGGGGGCUUUGCAGAGCAUUUGUUUCAUUUGCAUUGUUUACAUACUUA